AUGACAACGCAUUGGGUUCGUGACUAUGGGGCAAUAGUGACUAGUGCGGCAACGUUCUUUCUAUGUGCUUCGUAUCAGAGAGUACUUCUGCGUCAUGGCGAUGCUUUAAUCCCCAGCGAAAAGAAGGAAAAAGGAGGAGCGACAUCGUCGUUCUUUCGUGAGUUCAUGCAGGUUGCCAGAAUAGCACUACCCACUGUUUGGUGCAAGGAAGCUUUGGGUACUUUUGUUUUUGUCUUACUCUUCUUUGUUUUGGCGGUGAUUCGGGCACUAACGUCCGAAGCAAACGGCAGGGUGUUGAAGUCGAUGACGGAGGGGACGGGUGGAACCCGUCUGCGCAACUUCACGCACACCUUACUUCUUCGUACGGCGCUUCACUUGUUGUCGUCUGUUUGUAGCAGUUGUGUGGAGCACCUUCGAACAUGGUUGAUAGGUUGCUACCGUGUGAGACUUAGUAAGCACUUUCAAGAGCGGUAUUACAGCCAGCUUGUGUUUUACAGAGCCGCUGUGAUAGAUAAGCGGCUGGAGGCAGUGGACUCGGUAGUCACGACGUAUUGCGCUGAAUUUGCCGAACAUUUUACGGAACUCCCCUAUUACUUCGUGCUUCCGGCACUCGGUUCUGCUACAUCUAUGGUCGCCCUCAUACGACGGGUUGGUGCCGGUGCAUCUGCGGCUGCGUGUGGUUUAGUUUUGGCGUCUGUCCUUCUGAUGAAGAAGUUUUCACCGCCUUUUGGGAAAAUAUACGCGUCUCUGCUGUCAAAGGAGGAUGCUUACAGAAGAAUGCUUUCAAAUAGUUUGAGUAAUGUAGAAAACAUUGCUUUGCACAGGGGUGGUGAACACACUAGGAAGAAGCUUGACACCCAACUCGGCGUGCUGAAGGGUUAUCUCGAUCAUUUUGCGCUCUCCCGUGGACACUUUAACCUCCUUGAACUGUCUUUUGCAACGACGCUGCGCAAUAUUGCUAGCAUUAUUGUCUUUGGUGAUGCACUGCGAAAAGAGAACAAAUCCACGAGUGAUAUUUAUGUGGAGUUGCUGUACUUGAGGGAUCUCAGUAAAAGUGUGACAGACGUUGUGUCAAACUUCCGUGAGAUCUCUCACUUAUCAACCUAUACGCUAAAACUUGCGGAGUUUGACAGGACACUGAAGGAUAUUGAGGGGGACACAUGCGAUACGUUUCCGUGUGUGGCGAGCAUACCAGAUGUUGGAACGGUUGUUCCAACAGUCGUUUCUCCUAGCGUACCCAUUGCCGGGGCCUUGAGCUUUCCACUUUUUACCUUUACCAAUGUGAAGCUGAAAACCCCAACUGGUCACGUGCUUUUCGAGAACUUGAAUCUUACCAUCCAAAACGAUCAGGAUUGGGUGAUUACAGGAAACAAUGGGUCAGGUAAGACGUCACUUCUCCGUCUCAUAUCUGGUCUCUGGCGGGCCUGCGAAGGAGACAUUACAAUGAGCAGCUGUGUGAAGUUGUUGUUCGCCCCGCAGGAAAGUUACGUGGUGCCCCAUUGCACGCUCGUGGAGCAGAUUCUUUACCCCAAGAUUAUAACAUCUCUGAAUGAGGGGGACAUUGCAUGUAUAAAGGAAGCCAUUAGUCUCGCCGGUGCCGAGUCUGUUGUUGAGGUGCUCGGCGGCUUUGAGAGUCCGGCAGUGGGCUGCGAUCUUUCAAACGUUGAUGAAACCUACGAUUGGUCUUCCCUGAGCGGUGGGCAGAAACAACGUGUUAAUAUGGCCCGUGUGUUCUACCAAGUCUUGCAAGCGGACCGGAGUCGGGAAAUCCCGGUGGUGUUGUUGGAUGAGGCUACAUCUAUGAUGGAUGACACGGAAGAGAAAGUGAUGCUUAACUUACGGAAACUCAAUGCGCGCAUGAUAUCUGUCACGCAUCGUGAACAAGUUGUUAAGCACCACACGCACGUGUUGAGAGCCCUUCCUGGUGGUCGUUGGAUGACAACCAAAGUAACCCAAUAUGUUGGCAGUGACGAUGUUGUAACGCAAGGAAUCUCUUCGGUUGGUGGGUCCUCCAAUGCCGAAGGUGUGGGAGUUGAUUUGCACAGGGGUUUCUAA